UCAUAAUUCAUCUUACGAGUGGAUCUAUGCAUAACAGGUGCUCACUUGCUGAGAAUUAACGAAUGUCCAACGUAAAUCAUAUAGCGGCGUCAAACCAAAAUCUCGACUAGAGUGAAUGUCAGAGAGAAGAAAUUUUUAUGGACAAAUCACUUAUUCCUGUUGAUACAUUAAAUAUACAUGAUAUUGAAGAAAAGGAAAUUUUAUCGUUCAGACAAUUGGAAAUAACUUUAAAUCAACUAAAAAGAAGAAAAUACAUAUUGCCAUAUGCUCCAUAUUUGUUCAUUCGAGGUAAAACAGUAAUGUGCAAAAUUAUAGAGGAAUUUGAAGAUACACCAAACUUGUGGCAGCAUUCUCCUUCACAGACAAGAUUUAAUUAUCGAACGUACAAGGGGAAGUUCCAAGAUGGAAAAUAACUAUACAAGGGAAAUUAAUGAGGCUAUUGUACAACAUAAAAUGAAGUAAUUUUCUUUGUUAGUGAUAAAAAAAAAUUUUAAUUAAUUCAUCAAAGGUCACGUCUAAAAUGGCUCAUUUAUUAGUUUAUAUAUACUCCUAUAUAUGUAUGUACAUCAUUUUCACUUUAAGUAAUUUAUUUAUCAAUUAUCGCGCGUAUUAAACAGCUUAUUCUUUAUUUAUAAACGGAUAUAUGAUUAUAUAUUUAAGACUUAGUGAUAUCAAAAAUAAUCAAAUGCUUAUUUAUUGUUAGAGGUUUAAAAUUUUAAAUUACAGUGGAAUCCGCUUAGUAUGACUCCGCUUACAAUGACCAACCGGUUAUUAUGUCGCACUUAUAACAAUAUGUUUGGUCUGUGUAUAAAUUAUAUAGAAUUUAGUCCGUUUAUAAUGACAUCGGUUAUAAUGACAAACCGCUUACAUUGACGUAGUUUUAAGUAAAUCAAUCCGUUUAUAAUGACAAAUUUCAAUUAACAGUUGUAUUUAUUUUCGAUAUUUCUCUAUUGUCUAGCAUCACUUAGCGUUUCAUGAGACUGUUUUGAUCCGUAGUUUUAAAUUGUUAGUGAUAUUGUGAACAGUUUUAGUGAAUUUGCUCUGAAAAUGGCUUCACAUCGGAAAGCUUUCACGAUAGAAGAAAAAGGUGCAAUUAUCUGCAGGCUAGAAAACGGAGAAUCAAAUUCGUCGUUGGCCAAAGAAUUUGGGGUUGGACAUUCAACAAUAUCAAUGAUUAACAAAAACAAAACAAAAAUUAAAGAAUCUUUCAAUUCUAAUGUGUUGAAGUCGAAGAGACUUAUUCGCAAGUGUACACGAGAAAAUGUCGAUAAGGCUUUAGUGCAGUGGUUUAAACAAAUAAGAAACCAAGUAAUACCAGUUAGUGGCCCCAUGUUAAGGGAGAAAGCAAAUUUUUUUACAACUCAAUUUAACAUUGUUAAUUUUGAUUGUAGUCUCAGCUGGAUAAGCCGUUUUAAAGCAAGACAUAAUAUUGUGUCAGGAACAAUAGCCGGUGAAUCAUCAUCAGUUGAACAAAACAUCGUUACAGAAUGGUUAACAACAGUGUGGCCAAAUUUACGGAAACAAUUUUCCGAUGAAAACAUAUUUAAUGCGGAUGAAACUGGUCUUUUUUAUAAAAUGAUGCCUGACAGAAUUUUAAAGUUCAAAGGCGAGUCCUGUAGUGGUGGUAAAAUGUCGAAAGAGAGGAUAACCGUAAUGGUAACAGGAAACUUAACUGAUACAAUAAAAAAGAAACUGUUGGUUAUUGGGAAAUCGCAAAGGCCAAGAUGUUUUAAGGGUGUUAAAUCAUUACCAGUUGAUUAUGCAAACAACCGCAGGGCUUGGAUGACAUCAGAUCUUUUUGAGAAAUGGGUGAAAAUGUUUAAUAACAAUAAAAUUAACAAAAAGGCAAUAAAUUCGAUAGUGAAAAUGUUUUUAUAUUACCUUCUUAACGUUUUCUUAAUUAUUAAGCAUUUUAUAUAAGCGCGCUUUUUUCGACCUAUAAGAUGGAAUAGGGGGAAUCAUUAAACGAUUGGUAAGAAAAGAAUCAUUACAAAAUAUUAAUGGUAAAAAGACAAUAAACAGUGUAGAAGAAAUGUUCACUUUUUUUUAUUAAAGUGGAUGAAGAUUAUGUGAAUGAAAUUUCACUAGAGUUAUCAGAACGAUUUUUAAAAGUUAAAACAAUUAAAGGUUGCCGAGAAUAUCAUUAUUUUAUUCCAGAAUCGGAAUUCAAAAUAAAAAACAUAUAGGACAUCCAAAUCAUUGAAAUUUAAAAUUGAAGAUAUACAAGAGUCGUCAGAAAAUCCGACAAUGAAAAGAAAAUAUAAAAGAAGGAGCAAAUCACUGAACUAUAUGUAAAUUAUAAAUUAUUGUAUUAAAAUAGAAAUUUCAAAUUUAAAAAACAAUUACUUUAUAAUGUAAAAAAUAGUCAAGAACUGAUAUAAACAUUAAUUUCUAUUUUUAUAUUAAAGUAAAA